AUGGCAUCCCAGAACCACGUUGUCGGCGAUAUCGAAAAGACGAUGCAUCCCACACCGCCGGUCUCAUCAGCAGACGAGGCCGAAAUCGAGCCCGUGAAGACACCAAAGUCUCGCGGCGUGUUGGCCACAAUUCGCUCAUACGAACAGUAUCUGGAUGGCAAGCUAGGGAUCGAGUCGCACAGCUUGGAUCGGGUGCCUCCCGAGAACCGAGACUCACCAAGCCCAAUUGUGAUGGCACUGAUGUGGGCGUCCGCGACAAUGAAUAUCAGCUGCUUCUCGACCGGAUUCCUGGGGCAUCAGUUUGGGUUGUCGCUGGGUCAGACGAUACCGACUGUGAUCUGUGGGACUCUUUUGGGGGCAAGUGUCACUGGCUGGUGCGCAACGAUGGGUCCCGGGACAGGUUUACGUCAAGUCGCCAUCUCCCGAUAUUCGCUGGGCUUCUACCCAUCCUCUAUCAUUGCAUUGCUGAACGUGAUCGAACAAUUAGGCUGGGCCUCGGUCAAUUGCAUCACUGGCGGACUUGCUCUGAGCGCGGUAUCAGAUGGACGGGUGUCCAUCGCCGUGGGCGUGGUGAUCAUUGCCUGCGUCAGUCUACUCUUCAGCUUCGUGGGGUUGCGCGGUGUGCUGCUGUAUGAGAAGUACGCGUGGAUUAUGUUCUUCAUCAUAUUCAUGAUCAUCUAUGGCGAGGCAGCGCAUCGAGCGGACCUGUCCCUACCGGCUACGGUCACCGGCUCGACACUUUCUGGUAACGUUUUGAGUUUGCUCGGCGUUGUGUAUGGAUCCAGUGCAUCCUGGAGCUCGAUCGUUUCCGACUUUUAUGUCCAUUAUCCCGUGAACACAUCCAAGACGAAAAUAUUCCUGUUCACCACUUUCGGCAUUACCAUCCCGACAUGCAUCGGCAUGCUGCUUGGCGCGUGCAUCAGCUCCGCACUUCCCACGAACCCCGAGUGGGCAGCGGCUUAUUCGAAUGGCAUUGGCGAGAUUCUCAAGGAAAUCAUCUACCCCGACGGCUUUGCCAAGUUCCUGCUCGUUCUCUUAGUCCUGUCAGGCAUUGGCGUCAACUGCAUUGCCAUCUACUCCGGGGCUCUCUCAGCACAACUGUUCGCCGCUCCUUGCGCCAAAGUACCUCGCGUAAUUUGGUCUUUUCUUGUCUUUGGCGGUAUUCUCGCCCUCGGCAUCGCCGGUCGAGACCAUCUACUCGACGUGUUGGAGAAUUUCCUUUCAUUGCUUGGCUACUGGAACACGUCAUUCUUUGCAAUCUUGUUCAUUGAGCACUACUGCUUCCGAGCAGGAAACGUGGCAAACUAUGACCUGGACGCGUGGAACACUCCGUCAAAGAUGCCCAUCGGAUAUGCUGGCCUCACUGCAUUUCUCUGCGGCGCGGCCGGGUGGAUCCUCGGCAUGGUUGAGACGUAUUAUGUCGGCGUGCUGGCGGAGAAAAUCGGCACGAACGGCGGAGAUAUUGCCAAUGAAUUGGCUCUCGUCUUUACUGCGGUCUCGUUCUGGCCGCUUCGGAAGCUGGAACUGAAGUACGUGGGCCGGUAA